AUGUAUACAAUAACUAAAUUAUUCCUGUUCUUUCAAUCAACAUCUGUCCGUAACCGUUCCUUUUUGGGUGUGCUGGAAGAAACCUCUUACAGAGAUAAGCACACCUAUUAUACGUACCUUGUUGAUUUCAACAUAUGCUUCAAUCUUUUUGGAUCUUGCUGCGUCUACCAAAUCAUGAUGGCGCGCACUAUCAAGCAACUGGUAGAGGGGACUAAUGAGGUCACAUUGGGUGGAAACCCACCAUUAAGAGUUUACAUAAUUUGCCUUGUCGUACCAUGUAUACUGAUUUGUAUGAUUACCACUUUGAAGUACCUUGCGCCGUUUUCUAUUGUCGCUGAUUUUAUUAUAUUUACUGUGGCAAUGGCGACGGUUCUCUACUCAGUAAAAUCAGCUGAUCACAGCCCUUUAGACAUGCCGAUAUUCAAAACAGUUGCCGGCCUGUUUGAGUUUAUGGGAGUUUGUAUGGUCAGCAUGGAAGGUAUAGGCGCUGUGAUGGCGAUAGAGAACAAUAUGGAAGAACCUAGGAAAAUGGCACUUGCUUUGUUUGGAGGUAUGUCAAUCGUCGUGAGUAUCGUUGUUACAAUUGGUUUCUUUGGCUAUUGGGGCUUCGGAGAGAGUUCUAAAUCUCCUGUAACACUUAAUUUCCCUUUAGAACCGUUUCCAAUAGCACUCAAGUUACUGCUUGGCCUCAUGAUAUAUGUAACGUUUGCCCUCAACUUCUGGUUUCCAUUCGACUUGAUGUGGCACUACAUUAAGAAGAAGUACGAUCCAUCAAAGUAUUGGUUAUGGGAACGGGUGUAUAGAACCAUAUUCAUUUGCAUCAUAACCGCCAUAGCGACAACGUUUCCCAACGUUUCUAAAUUAAUUGGAGUGCUGGGGUCCUUUUGCAUUUCUAAUAUGGGUUUCAUAUAUCCAGCCUUCAUCGAGUUGUGCCUAGAUUGGACCGAUCCCGGUCUAGGUUUCAUGGUGUGGAGGUUCUGGAGGUUUAUCUUGAUAACAACGUUCGGUCUUAUAUUGUGCAUCGUUGGUACCUACACUAACGUCAAAGGUCUUAUCAAGGAGUCUUUCUAGAUUAUUCUUCUGUUCUGAUUUUGUCAAUAUAUGAUGAGAUGUUUUUCAUUUAAUUUAUCUCGUUUUGUAUUAUUUUGGAGAUUG